ACAUACAGGCAGUGGUACACGGAGUAAGCUGUUCACUAUUGGAGCAGCAGGCGGGUGGCGGUUUAAUCUACUCACUACGUGCCAGCUAACACCGUAUAUCGUGUUAGUUUAGUAUUGUGUAGCGUUCUUGCAUAGGCUUUAUUUAUACAUUUACAUAUAUUUUAUCUGACAUUUUUGAAUGCAAUUGUCGUAUUAUGGAUUAAUUGAAAGAAAACAUUUUGAAACAUCUGAUAUAUAUUCUACAGACAUCCAUUCACGAAGCGUUUUUAGCAUCUUUAGAAAACAUUGUACGAGGAGGAUUAUAUUGACAUAUAUUUCACGAUACCUUGUGAUAGUGGAAACUGGUGUGUUGUGGCAUUGACUUAUCGUCAGCACCUCUCUCAUCACAGGAAAAUGUCACAAUGGUAAAAGCGAAAGCGUGCAAUCUACGCCUCCACAGGACCAGCAGCCGGUGGAACAAGCAGACGACUCCCCGUGUCUUCAGAGGAGGAAUAAAGGUCUAAAUGGCACCCAAUAGAACUCCUUUCAGACGCAGUAUGUUUGGUCUGAAAACCCCCAUCUCGAGGUAUAGGAAACGAUCCAGCUUGGACGAUUUUGAUGGAAUUCGGAGUAUUCUCUCCCGAAGUAAAGUUCAGGAGAGUUGGACUUCACAUGUGAGACAGCAAGGAGAUCUGUUCUAUGUUGAUGUAAAUGGAAGUCAUGGCAAUGGACAUGUUCAGCAGCCGCCACAUCCCAGCAGUGGAUCAUUUCACCACAGCAACGGCUCACUGGACCACAGUGAUGACUCCAACCAAACCUUCAGCAGCAGGCUAGGGGAGCCUCCAAAAAAUAACUUCUAUAAAGGAAGGCAAAAUGGUCUUCAUACAGAUACAGGGGCACAGAGGCCAAAGGUCAAUGGACAUGUUCAGACCAAUGGUAGUAGUUUUGGUUCAAAUGGUUAUCAUAAAAACCAAUCUAAGUAUAUUUCCCAAGACUUUGAUGAUGAAUAUGUUGAGUUGGACAGGAAUGGCUAUAAUUCAUGGACCUCUUCUCCACAGAUCAACAACAAAUAUCAUAACACAAAGCAGGAUGUGAAUAACCAAGAACAUGGUGACAAGAUAAAGCAUGUGUAUUUAUCACCUAAUUACAAAAACUGUAAAAAUGGCCAAAUGUCAGGUAUUAAAAUGUGUGAGAAGAUGUUUGGAAUUAAAUUGUGUCAAUAUAAUGACAAGACACGCAUCAACAACAACAAUAAUGUUGUAAAGGACAGAAAAGUUAUUGUGCAAGCUGUAGUUCCCGGGAGUGCAGCAGAAAAGUGUCGGCAGAUACACAGAGGUGAUAUGAUGUUGGGUAUUAAUGAUAUGGAAGUUUCCUGGGUGAACCUUGAUAAAACCUUCAAUUCCAUUUCAAACAAAAAGGUAAAAGUGACAUUCCAGGUGCCUGUUGUGAUUGGUCCUCAGACACCCCCACCAGUGCCACUCCCUACAUAUAUACAUUCCUUGCCCCCAAAAGUCCCACCUCGACAAGAGGGAGAGGACAUUGUCCAGCUGGUGACGGGCACCACCACUGGGGUACUAUCCAGCAAAUUCCAAUCUUGCCUAUGCUCGUUUAUGUACCUUACGCUGGAGGACACAGGCAGUGAAUCAGAAAAUCAUAGAGAUGACAUUCUUUAUAUGUUCCCUCGGGAUGACAACAUUGCAACAGAAAUUAGAGGUUUAUUCUUAACCCUAUGUGGGGUCCUGCCAGAGGUCACUGGUACUGCAGUACAAACAUCCACUCUACUGUACAAAGGACAAUAUAUCCACACAGUGUACAGUCGAUAUGGAAAGGAUUUACUGGUUAUAGCCAUGCCUGCUAACAGAGUACCCCUUCAAUACCUCCACUGUAUCAAGUCUGAGCUACAACAGGUGAUGGAUCUCCUAUUCAGCUCAACGUCAAGGGCAUUCAGGAAACCCAGACAUAAAAGUCACCUGGACCAGCUGUUCAGUCUGACACUUAACAAGAUUUUUGGUUCUGAUAGCUUCAACAAUACCUCUAGUCCGUCCUAUAAGGCCCUGUGUGGCUCCGUCCCCGGUACCAAGUCAUUGGAAUUAUCACAGGAGAACAAGGUUCUUUGUGAUGAAAUACUCAGUGAGUUUGAAGCAGCAGAUUUUGAUGACUUGGAAGAAGAUUUGCCAUUUGACAGAAGAACAUUUACAAUACUGGGCACUUGCUUAUUCUAUAAGGAGUACCUGCUGUCUAACCACAUGGCAGCAGAAGACCUGCGUGAUGUCCACCUGUUUCUGAAGUACCACUGCCUAUUACAUCUGGUGUCCAAACAGAAUGUUGAGGAACUGGUUGUUUGGAGGGAGGUGUUCCCAUCCCGGCUCUGUCGACCCUCCCAGGCCUCUCCUGUGGGCUACAAUGAGCCUUCUGGGCGCUGGUUCCUCCUAAUAGUAGGAAUAAAUAGUUUCCUGCUAGGAACCUUGCUUGAGACAGGAGGAUGUGCAAGGACAAUUGACGGAAACCCUCGCCCCGAUCCUUUCUACAUCAGUCAGGCUAAGGCAACUUUACUACAGCUGGAGACUGAUGAUGUAGCCAUGGCAGAGUGUUGUGAGAACAGAUUGAGCUCUGAGAAAAGUGGCCCAUCCCUUGCCAGUGCCGAUGCUCUGAUGCUUGGCACCAAACCAAAGAGAGAAGAUACAACACCAUCAAAAUCUCAAGGAUCACCAAAGUCUCCCGCUGUAACUGCUAGAGCUGCUCCUGACUCCUCAUGGCCGCUAGGCUCUUAUUAUGUCACUAAUAGAACAUACUUCUAUAGUCAUGAUGAACAAGAAGUGGACAGGAUUUCUCAUGGUAAGGGUACAGCUUACACAGGAAGUGAGACGUCCACCCCAGUAAUGAGACGACAGGGCAGUAAACUAUCCUAUGGGUCCAAUGACUCUGGCGGCAGUGGUAGUAGUGCAGGUGUCAGCCGGGGCAACACAAGUAAGACCCUUAGUAAAGCCGGGUCAGUGUUUGACAUGGUCAGUAUGAACCAGAGUCUGACCACAGUGUCGGAUGAGAACAAGUCUGUCUACCCCAUCAAGGUCACUAAAGGAGUAGACAAUGUGUUGUUUCACUAUCUCAAUUUUGACGGCAUGGAGGGAGUGUAUGUAUGCCCCACUUCUCAGGAGAUGAGCAUGUCUCAGGGAGCGUUGCAUGCUCAAGUCCUACACAAUUUCAGCACCUCUUGUCUACAACUACGCGAAAAGUUCCAGCGGAGCAACAUGAAUCCAGAAACAACAUGCAAGCACAGAUUUGGUGAGGAUAACACCUUCAAGCAUGUUCAGGAGCAAGGCACAUUGUUCCAGUACAAACCAAGUGUAGCACCAGACACCAAGAAAGUGCCUCCAGCUCACAGUUACUGGGUCAUUGGACGGCGUUACCCUGGCAACAGAGAGUUAUUUGUGUGCUUCCAUGAAAGUGUGCCACAGACAGCCAUAGAACUAGCAUUUCGCAUGGACUUUGGCUCCUGACGACCCAACUGAAAUUGUUCCACAGACAGCCAUAGGAUUAGCAUUCCGCAUGGACUUUGGCUCCUGACGACCAAACUGAAAUUGUUCCACAGACAGCCAUAGGAUUAGCAUUACGCAUGGACUUUGGCUCCUGAUGACCCAAAUGCAAUGCAGUGGGUCAUGGAGAUCAGAAUUUAUUCCACAGAUUGGGUAGCUUCUGGCUGGCCAGUGCAAAAUUUUCCUUGAAAACCAUUUCAUUCCAUGAGGAUUUUUUUUCUGUCAUUGAUGCCCAGAAUGCCCAGAGUUUGUCGAAUACGACUAAUUGGGGUCAAGCUGUUGAAGCAAUAUCACUUGCCAUCGUAACCUCAACUGAAGCAAUGGAUUUGUCAUACAUGUGGCUAUCCUAUAGCGUGUAUAGACAAGCUGUGAAACCAUCCUGUGACUUCUCUGAUCAUGGAACACGCUUCAAAUCAUGCAUAAUAUUGAGGAUUCCAAUCCGACAAAACCAUAACAUAAUAGUAGAAUUGGUGCAAUCAUUUAUUCUCUGUAUUGUGUUAAGCAAAUCUAUGGGUGAUCCUGCAUCGCAAUAGUUCACCAUGUUUUGUAGGAAGAUUACAGGGUUUUAAAGUUCCAAUGAAUAUUGUAAAAAGCCUUCUUUUAUUUAAUUUAGUCUAUAAAAUCAAUGAUUAGUGCUUUAGGAGGGCUGAUAAUAAAGGACCAUCAAGAUAAAAAAAUAUCAAGAUAAAAAUAUUGAAUGAAUACCAUACUUAUUAGUAUUGACAUUCUCUCAAUGCACACUUCCAUUAUUUAAAAGGUGAAAACUGGCAGUGCUUUUCACAAGGAUGUUCUAAUUGCUUCCGUCCACAUUUACUACAUUUAUAUUGUUUGUUAUAAGAUAUUUAUAUUUACAGUGAAUCUUGUGCUUUUCAUGAUCAGUGUAGAAUGUCAUUGAUAACCCUGAUGAUAUCUGGAAACAAAUACUUGAGCAAUAAACUGCGACAGAUAAGGGAAUGGACCAUAGAUGGGUGAAGAGAAGGUAAAUGACAAUACGGCCUACUUAUUUAAUUAAUAUAUAUUGAUAUUUAUUGCUUUGUAAUUAUUUAAUAGCAUUAAAGUGUAAAAUCAAAUACCUGUGGUAUUUAAUAUUUACAACAUUAUUUGAUUUGAAUAUAUACCAGUAUUUUAUGGUGUCAGCUAGCUUUUAGGCUUGAAAGAUGUUUGUAUAAAAGGACAUACGGUAUUAUUAUACUUUGUGCAAAAAUAAUUUAUAUAGCUUUCAUAUUUGAUAUUAAAUGUUGAUAUACAUAAAGUUGUAGUCGUUUGAUAAUAUUAUGUAGUGUUUUGAGAUUCGUGCCCAUGUCUUGUGUAUGUAGGUGUGGAGUUUUACUGUGUUGUGUGUAUGACUGGUGUGAUGUGAAUUGUUUUGAGGGUUCAUUGUUUGUAUCAGUGUUAUUUUGUGUGGAGUUUAAACACCUGUGGAUUAUUAUACAGGUGAACGUGUAGCAGUGUACUAUGAUUAUAAUGACUGUGAUAUGUGCCAAAUUUUACAUACCUGUGAUAUAGUUAUUUAAAUCAUCAUUAGUGAGUGUGUGUCAUUAUUUUCACAUAUUUGUGUCAAACCUUUAUCGGUAUGUAGAACACUGUGUAUUUACAUCACUCUAGUAAUUCCUCAGAUGAAAUGUGUUACACAACAGAGAAGUCCAAUGGGAAGUUUAAGUCUUUGCAACCUUACUGUUGAUGUAGUAUAUUUCUAAAUUAUUUUUGAUGAAAAGCAACUUUGAAAGGAACAGAAAACUUACAAUUUAAGUGAAAGUUUUUGUGUAUGCAAUGGGUAUGUCCUCAGCUGGACACUAAAUAGCUGUUAAUUUUAAAGUUGACUUCUGUAAAAACCUUCAUUAUCAAAACCUGCUGUUAUCAUUUCUACUCAUUACAAAGCUUGAACUUGUGUCAAUAGUUCAGUUUAAUAUUGUUUAAAAACUGUACAUCUAGGUAAGGAACAUGAUGUUUUAUUUGUCAUGUCAUAAAAAUUAACAUAUCACAAGCUGAAAUCAUUUUUUGGCCAUUUUCAUCCCAACAUAGGCCAGUUAGAUGGAGUUUCUCUUCCUAAAUAAAGAUAAUUCCACAAUAUUUUGUGACAGUCCUCUAUUGUGAGGGAAAGCGUUAACUGGUCAAGUUACCCUCAAUGAGAGGGACGACCAGAUGUGUAGGAUCAAUAUCCGUCCACUUGAUACACAAGAUGAUCAACCUGCUGACAUUAUGGAGAUAACGUUAGGAAUCUUACCUGUCAUUCCACAUAGACGGUGCUAUACUUGGAUAAUAAUGUGUUCAUUCCACAUGUAAAUCAGGUCAGGGUUGUAAAAAUGUGUCCUUCUCCAGUUUAACCACCAAGUUAGUUCUCACUUUGCCAUAUUACUGUUAGAAAGUAACUACUUAUACUUAUUUACUAUUAUUCUGCAUUAAGACAAUAAACAGCAAAUAUUGUUAAACUUUUUACUUAUAUCUAUACUUGUUGGUACUGGCUGAUAACAAUUUAUACAUGUAUGAACUGAUGUGCUUCAUAUAAUAUUCCAAUAUUAUUCCGUAAAUGAUUUGUAAAUGCUGUAAUUGGAAAUUUGAUUUGUUUAAAAAAUUCGAUCUUGCAACACAAACUUCAUUCUUUAGCAGUUUAAAUAAAGAAAAAAUGCGAGGCAGACUCUUUUGAUAGUGCAUUAUUUUGUACAUCUUUGUAAAUUUAAGAUGCCUCCGCUAUUAGAAAAAUAAUCCUUCUAGUGCUAAAAUAUUUCAAAAUUCCACCAGCUUAUAGCGUACAAAGAAUUUGUCACUGGUUCUUUUUCCGAAGACUUUGACUAUAGAGUAACAGGUUACUCUUGCCAUAUCAUAAGCUCACAUCCGUCAUUUCAUGCCAACGUUACAUGAAAAGUCAUACUUAUUUUAUUUUAUGUAUUUUUUAAAAAUUUAAUGCAUAUAUCCAGAUAUGAUUUAAUCUACCUCUUACUUUCUGUUUCGUAAAUGUCGUGAUUGAUAAUGGCGUCUCUUAUAACCUUAAUGCAGGUUAUAGCUGUACUAUACGUAUACCUGGUAUAUAUUAAUGGGAGGGGAAUUUUUGCCUGUAAUGUUUUGCACCUUUGGGUCCAAUUUUGUUUGGAAAAAUAAUUUGAGAACAGGGUGAAACUUUGAGAAGAUUUUGCUCCUUUCAUAAGAAAAAAAUGUUAUCUUGGUAUAUCGCAAGCAAAUAUUUAUGAAAAUAUUUCAAGAACUAAAUUUUUCCGAUUUUUCUAUUGAUGAAUAUCACCUUAACAACAGAUUGGAUAGUCUUAAAUAUUCUGUGCUAGGACAUAUAUGUAAUAGUAUUUAAUGUUACUGUUUUGUGUCAGAAAUAUUUGAUUUUUUCAACAUUGAUGUACCAGGUAUGUAAUGUGUGCAAGUAGAAUGAUAUUUGAUGUUUAUCAAUUCACUGUUCAUGAAAUACAUCCUUUCUUCAAUUGAAACCCAACUAAAUAUUAGCAAUUAUAUCUUCAUUUGAAGUAAGAGCUCACUUUGUUACCUCAGCACCGCUAACUGUUUGUAUUACCGUCUAUAACUAAGGUCUUGUGACCUCAAACUACAUGUAUUACUCAUAUUCCGUAGAAAUAUGCCAUCUACUGAAACACAACCUGUAGAUUACAUUUGUUGAUGAAGUCAUGUAUGAAACCAUUGUUAUGAAUAAAAUUCAAGUCAGUAAUGAUUUGAAAACAUG